GUACCAGGCCAUAACCGAUUCAACUCGACCGUGGUAGAAGCCUUAGAAGAGCCAAAUGGGAAACGGGACUUGCUGGACAGCAGUUAUUUUCCUUUUAGGCGAACUAUCCCAUUUUUGAAGCAACUACUUCACCGUUAAGUAUUUUGAACUACCAACCAAAAGCCCGCCAAAACCGACUCUCAUUUAUCUGGUAAGAAACCUGAUAACGAGUAACGACCCUUUUAUUUCACUUCUAAUUCAACAUCGAAGUUUCGAAACUUCUGAUCGAGUCCUAAAAGAACGACUACUUUUUCUUGCAAAAAAGAGAAAAAUGAAGUUUCGAUUUACAGUAAAACGAAUGCCGCUGGUAUUAUUUUUUCUUUGUUUUCUGAUCAUCAAAUUCGUUAUUGGAGUUGAGAUCCUCUCGAAAUCGAAGUUGGAAAGAUGCGAAAAGGCUUCAGACUCCGACAAAUUGAAUUGCAGUACGAAGAUAGUGGUAAACAUGGCGGUUCCCAGUGGAGCGAGUGGAGGAGAAGCUUCUAUUGUUGCUGAAAUAGUGGAGGUGGAGGAGAACGCAACCCAAAAGAUGCAUACAGUGCGGAUACCACCUGUUGUGACAGUGAACAAAUCUGCUGCGUAUGCCAUGUAUGAGAUAACAUACAUACGGGAUGUUCCAUAUAAACCUGUGGAGUAUUAUGUUAAGACACGAAAAUGUGAGCCAGAUGCUGAUGCUAGGGUUGUUCAAAUAUGUGAGAGGUUACGAGAUGAAAAUGGUCACAUUAUUGAGCAUAGUCAGCCAAUCUGUUGUCCUUGCGGGCCACAACACCGUGUACCUUCUUCUUGUGGGAACGUCUUCGAUAAGCUGGUGAAGGGGAAGGCCAACACUGCACACUGUCUCCGAUUUCCAGGCGAUUGGUUCCAUGUUUUUGGUAUUGGAAAGCGAUCUCUAGGGUUUAAUAUUCAAAUUGAAGUGAAAACCGGAUCUAAAAUAUCAGAGGUGAUUGUUGGGCCUGAAAAAAGAACAGUAUUAUCCAAUGACAAUUUUCUAAGAGUCAACCUUAUUGGUGAUUUUGUGGGCUAUACAAGUAUUCCAUCAUUCGAAGACUUCUAUCUAGUAAUCCCAAGACAGGAUGGUCCAGGUCAACCACAGAGCCUAGGAGGGAACUUUUCUAUGUGGAUGUUACUGGAGAGAGUGAGAUUUACAUUGGACGGACUUGAAUGCAACAAGAUCGGGGUCAGUUAUGAGGCUUAUAAUGGGCAGCCAAAUUUUUGCUCUUCACCAUUUUGGAGUUGCUUGCAUAAUCAGUUGUGGAACUAUCGGGAAGCUGAUCAGAACCGAAUUAGUAGGAACCAGGUGCCACUUUUUGGUGUGGAAGGAAGGUUUGAAAGGAUAAACCAGCAUCCAAAUGCAGGGACACAUUCUUUUUCUAUAGGAAUCACUGAAGCUCUUAAUUCAAAUCUCUUAGUAGAAUUAAGAGCUGAUGACAUAGAAUAUGUCUACCAAAGGAGCCCUGGAAAAAUCUUAGGCGUUACCAUCCCAAGAUUUGAAGCCCUUACUCAAUUCGGCACUGCGACGGUUACAACUAAGAACAUAGGGAAAUUGGAAGCGUCAUACAGCUUAACGUUUGAUUGCUCAAGUGGUGUAACCCUCAUGGAGGAGCAAUUUUACAUAAUGAAGCCAGAUGAGGUUGCAGUUCGCUCUUUCAAGCUAUACCCAACAACAGAUCAAGCGGCAAAAUAUGUAUGUGCAGCAAUUUUAAAGGACUCCGAUUUUAACGAAGUGGACAGAGCAGAGUGCCAGUUUACUACUACAGCUACUGUUCUGGAUAAUGGAUCUCAGAUUUCUCCCUUUCAACCACCGAAGACAGGUAUAAAUGGCUUCUUUGAAUCUAUUGAAGUUCUAUGGAAAAGAUUUUGGGAUGGGGUAGGAGAUUUCUUUUCUGGCAGAAAUUGCAGCAGAAGGAAAUGCUCAGGGUUUUUCGACUUCAGUUGCCACAUACAGUAUAUUUGUAUGAGUUGGGUAAUGAUGUUCGGCUUGUUUUUGGCUAUCUUCCCAACAGUGAUUGUGCUUCUUUGGCUUUUACACCAAAAAGGAUUCUUUGACCCAAUUUAUGAGUGGUGGGAUGAUCAAGUUGAAGAGAAACAAAGAGCUGGGGUGAGUAUGAAGUCUGGUACACGUCUUGGCACUCACAACCAUCUUCAUAGGCAUCACAAGAAGGAAGGCAGGCAUCAUAGUGUUCAGAAAAAAAGAAGCAGUCUUGUUCGUCAUGAACUUCACAAGCAUAGUCAUGCUGAUUUUGGAACUGAUCAUCACCAUCUUCGCCACGCUCAUACAGACAGACACAAAGUUGAUAGAGGUAAUAAUUCAGGUGUCAUGUACCCAGGCUACUCAAACAGAAAGGGUGGGGGACACUACACAAGGGGAAAAGGGGAUGGUUCGAUGGAUGAAAAACUUGACCACCGCAGGCUCAAAGAAAGAAAAGGGAGAGUAUAAAGGACCAUCAAGAGUCGUCUGAGUGGGAGAAAAUUUUCUGCAUACAAAAUUAUAAACAGCACAAACAUGGUAGCUGAAGAACCACAUCCAAUUCAAAACCUACUGUAAGCCGAGAGAAUAAAGACUUAAUCAGUUGCUGCAGUUGGCGUGUCCUGCUCAUUCUACUUGUCAGUUCUUUCUUUGAUAUCUUUCUUUAUAUUUGAAAUCUCAAAAAAAGUAGUUUGCACUUGACACAAGAUCAUGACUUGGAAACAUUUACAUUAAUUGUUACAUGUAAAUUUUCACACUGGUA